AAACUUCUACCGAACUUAUUACCGGUUUAUAGGCAAUAAAUCCGGUUAAAACAUUAUCAGACGUUGUACAGUAUGGUCCGAUGAGGUAUUUCGCAGAACAGUUUUACUUUUUCAAAACUUUUGUUUUCUGAAAAAAGCUAACAAAUCAAUUUUGAAUUUCAUCUCAAUGGUUCAUGGAUAAAAUUCGCACAUCUUGUUCAAACUUGCCAACAGGAUGGGUAAAAGAAGUUGUAAUUCGUAAAUCUGGUGCAUCUGCUGGAAAAUCAGAUGUUUAUUAUUACAGUCCGGAAGGCAAAAAAUGUAGAUCGAAGCCACAAAUGUUGCAGUAUCUUCCUGAUGAUUUUGAUAUUGAAAAUUUUGACUUCAGAGCUGGAAAUGACAUUUCAUCAAAGAAGCGUAGGAAGCGUAAAGAUGAUUUUGAUUUCGGAAAGGACUUCACUUUGCCAAACUCUAAGCCAAACAGACAAACAAAAAAAGCUUGGGAUAACAUUGAGGUUACUGUUGUAUCUGGCAAGCAUUCGAAAGAAAAUAAAGAUGAAGUUUACUAUCCACAUGCAAAAAAACCAUUAAGUCGGAGCAUAUUAGCUGAAAAUGAAGCCAAAAAAAAAAGAGCUGAUAUAUUGUCGCAACAGUUUGCUAAACCAAGACAGCUUUUCUGGCAUCUUCGUCUUCAGAACCUUUUUCCUAUUAACGAGAAAACUAUGGAACUUUGUAAACAAGCAGAACUUAAUAACUUUGUUAAAGAAAUUCUUCCUGGCAGUAACAAUCAAUCCCUUCUUAAUUCGCUUGCCUAUAAUUUUCUUAACUGUAAUAAAAUUGUUGGACAGCAGGCUUCUCUGAGUGCAUUAAGAAAGCAUCCAACAGCUCUAUGUAAUGCUGACCAACCAUUCACUACACCUAUAUCUAUUUCUGAUGAUAUGAUACAACUACAAAGAAAACGUGUUGAAUCUGCUAGAAAGAAGUUGGCUGAAGCCCAAGAUCUGCUCAGAGCACUUGAAGAAGAAGAUGAAGAUAUAGAUGAUAUGGAAGAAUAGUUAUUUAUUACUGAUAUUAACAUUUUAUGUACCUAUUGAUUCAAUAUUUAAUAAGGGACAAUGGACAUUUUUAUUAUUAGAUUUUUGAACAUUAAAAUGAAGGGAAAUAUUAUUUUAAAAAAGAUAUUCAUUUAUUUUA